AGUACAGAAGCGGGAAAAGCUUCCCACCAGGUUUUUCUUCAUUCAUCCCCUUCGCAUUGUUUGGGUUUUCCACUUUAGCACCUUUGAUUUCUUUUCUUAAUCCCAAUUAUACACAACCAUUCUUCAUUAAUCCCCUUUUCUUAAUCCCAAAUCAUACAUAUUUCGAUGUUCAAUCGUUGAUAACAUCUUCUUUUCAAUUUUACUGGGCAACACCAAUUGAAAGAAUUUCAUUUGCAAUUCUUGCAGUGCAGACAUGUCAGAUAUCAGAAAAUGGUUCAUGAAGCACCAUGACAAGGGAAAUGCCAAUGCUGCCAAGUCAGCUGCUGCAAAACCGGCAUCUGAUAAACCUUCUGCCACUGCUUCAGAAACAGAAGGUCAAGAAAGUGCUGCCAGAAGGAAAACAAGCAAAUAUUUUGAUAAAGAUCAAGAGAAGCCGAAAGUUGAGACUCAAAAGGUGGAGGUGCCUGCCAAAAGAAAGACACAAAAGGGAGAUGGGGAUUCCCAUGUUAACACCAAACCUUCACCUUCACCUGCAAAGAAGGUUCAAAAAGUAGAGGAGGAAGAUGAUGAUGACGACUUUGCUCCCAUUAGUUCCAAAAAAAGGUCAGUUGAUGCUAGUCCUAGCAAAAGACUAAAAGGAAGUUCAGGAAGGGGAAUUGCAAAGAAAAAUGUGGUCAUUGAUGAAAGUGAUGAUGAAAUGGAUGAGGAAAAGGAGACUAAAACUCCUGUCAAAUCUGCUGGGAGGGGUCGUGGUAGGGGAGCUGAAUCUGCCGCUGCUGCUACCGGAAGAGGAAGGGGACGUGGACGGGGUGGAUUUAUGAACUUUGGUGAGAGAAAAGAUCCGCCUCACAAAGGAGAAAAGGAAGUUCCUGAAGGCACCCCCGAUUGUUUAGCUGGGUUAACUUUUGUAAUAUCCGGAACACUUGACAGUUUGGAAAGGGAAGAAGCAGAAGAUUUGAUCAAGAGACAUGGAGGUCGUGUUACCGGAUCUGUCAGCAAAAAGACGAAUUUUCUUUUAUGCGAUGAAGAUAUUGGAGGACGUAAAUCUGAAAAAGCGAAAGAAUUGGGAACACCCUUUCUCACAGAGGAUGGUUUGUUUGAUAUGAUCCGUGCAUCCAAAAAAUCUAAAUCACCUGCUCAAUGCAACUCAAAAAAACCAUCUGAAAGCACCCCGUCAUCAUCUGCAAAGAAAAUUCAGCAGAACGUGGAUGUGAAAAAAGCUGGUGUGAGUAGCUUUUCAGCCAACAUUAAAGCUCCUAAGUCUUCAGCAAGUCCAUCACCUGCUAAGAAGAAGGAUCUUUCAAAGCAAGGUCCUUCCUUGACAUGGACAGAGAAAUACAAGCCCAAAGUCCCAAAUGAUAUAGUUGGCAACCAAAAGCUUGUUAAAGAUCUUCAUGAUUGGUUAUCACACUGGGAUGAGCAAUUUUCACAUGGUAAUGGAAAGAGGAAAAGGCAAAGCAAUUCUGCUGAGAAAAAGGCUGUCUUAUUGAGUGGAACUCCUGGCAUAGGGAAAACUACCUCAGCAAAGUUAGUCAGUAAAAUGCUGGGUUAUGAGAUAAUUGAGGUAAAUGCCAGUGAUAGUCGUGGAAAGGCUAAUUCCCAAAUUAGUAAGGGAAUUGGUGGAAGUACUGCAAAUUCUAUAAAGGAGCUUAUUAGUAAUAAGUCCCUGGGUGAUAUGGAUAGGUCAAAGCACCCCAAGACUGUUCUGAUUAUGGAUGAGGUUGAUGGCAUGUCUGCGGGUGAUAGAGGUGGGGUUGCAGACCUAAUUGCAAGCAUCAAGAUCUCCAAAGUCCCAAUUAUAUGCAUUUGCAAUGACCGCUACAGUCAGAAAUUGAAAAGUCUUGUAAAUUAUUGUGCGCUGUAUAAUUUCCGGAAGCCCACAAAACAGCAGAUGGCAAAGAGGUUGUUGCAAAUUGCUAAUGCUGAAGGGCUUAAAGUGAACGAGAUUGCUUUGGAAGAGUUGGCAGAGAGAUGUAAUGGAGAUAUACGCAUGGCUUUGAACCAGCUGCAUUAUAUGAGCCUGUCAAUGUCAGUUAUCAGAUAUGAUGAUAUUAGACAACGUCUUCUUAGCAGCGCUAAAGAUGAAGACAUUUCACCAUUUACUGCUGUUGAUAAGUUGUUUGGUUUUAACGGUGGGAAGUUGAGGAUGGAUGAACGGAUUGACCUGAGCAUGAGUGACCUUGAUCUCGUUCCUCUUCUUAUCCAGGAAAAUUAUAUUAAUUAUCGGCCGAGUUCUGUGGUGAAAGAUGAUAGUGGGAUGAAAAGAAUGAGCUCGCUUGCCCGUGUUGCUGAAUCAAUUGCUGACGGAGAUAUUAUUAAUGUACAAAUUAGGAGAUACAGGCAGUGGCAGCUCUCUCAAAGUAGUUGUGUUUCUUCCUGCAUAGUACCGGCCGCAUUGAUGCAUGGGCAGAGGGAGACGUUUAUGCCGGGUGAAAGAAAUUUCAAUAGGUUUGGUGGUUGGCUUGGGAAGAAUUCAACAAUGGGAAAGAAUUUGAGGAUCUUGGAGGAUCUCCAUGUCCAUAUGCUUGCAUCUAGUGAUUCAUAUUUGGGAAGGGGAACUUUACGUCUUGAUUUCCUUACGCUUCUUUCUAAAAAAUUAACUGAACCACUCCGGGUUCUUCCUAAGGAGGAGGCUGUUAAAAAUGUAGUUGAAUUUAUGGAUGCUUACUCAUUAAGUAUGGAGGACUAUGACACGCUUAUGGAGUUGUCUAAAUUUCAGGGACGCACAACUCCAUCUGAUGGUAUAUUACCAGCAGUAAAAGGUGCUCUAACAAAGGCAUAUAAAGAAGGUAGCAGUUCACGUGUAGUACGAACAGCAGACAUGAUCACCCUUCCUGGUUUAAAAAAGGCUCCAAAAAAGAGGAUUGCAGCUAUUCUGGAGCCUGUUGAUGAAAUUGGUGAGGUAAAUGGUGAUAUCAAUGAGGAGGAUGAGGAAGAGAACGCUGAAGAUGCUGAGGAUUUAGACGAUGCCAAUGGUGCAAAAAGACUGAAGCUGGAUCUCGAGAGUAACCAUGCUAAAGGGAUUCAAGUCCAAGUGGACUUGAAAGGUGCUGGAAGUUCUGGCACUAAAAAGACACAAAAGGCCUCGGCAGGAAGAGGCAAGGGAGGUGCUGCUGAACCAGCAUCGGGAAAGAAAGGUGGUCGUGGAUCAGGAACUGCUGCCAGGAAAAAGAAGUAGAGAAAAAUUGACUGCACAUUCGAUUGUGUGCAGAUCAUGCUUUCUAAUUUUUUUCUUAUUUUGUUUACAUCCUCUGUUGGUGAUUAGUAGCUUUGGUGAUUAUCUCAGGGUGUAGUCUCUUUCUAAUGUUGAAUCGAACUUAACCUAUCAAAGUUUUGUCUAUACGUGCUGAUAGGAGAGUUGGUUCUGAGAAGGCGAAAACAGACAUACAUGGACAAUAAUUUCAAGGGGCAUGAAUUGGUAUAAAAUGUGUAGGCCGGCUUUAACUUGUUUUACACCAAGUAUAAAAUUGACCAUUCUCUUUCGUAAGCACAUCUAUUACAUGUCUAUUUUGUCAAUGUCAUUGUAAUGCACAAAUGCCAUUUGUCAUUGUACACAAACUUUUCAGAAAGGCCGAUCUACGAUAAUAUAUUGUGUGGCGGUCCGCGCAUGUUAUGUUCUUUUGGUUACC